CAAAGGAAAUAAGUGCACACCGUGAGUCAAAGCCAGCCUUGAAUUCAAAUGAAAUGCAUGCGAGUGUGGGAAAUGCAAUUUUAAUCGCAGAUUGAAGUAUACAGUCCAGUCUGAGCAGGCAAAGCGAAAGCAUGAACCUGGUGGCCAGUAAUCUCUUGUUCAUUUUGGGGGCACUUCUUUUCACUCCUGCAAGUGGCAAUGGUUUUGGUCGGAAACUGCGCCUCCAAAGUCCUGAGUUCAAAGAAAGUUCUGCUGAAUGCAAAAGGCAAAUUGAAAUUUAUCAUGCUGCAAUUGAAGGUUUGGAGCUAUGGGCCUUACAAAUGCUGGAUGCGAACGCGAAAAUUCCCCCUGGAAUAUUGAGGGGUAAUGUUGACCAGUUGGGUGAUUUUGAACAGUGUCUGUCUGUCAGGUCGCCAGACAAUCAGAUUAGAGGAAAAUACUGUUUACCUGAAAUCGAGUUUAAAUUGGCUGAAAAUAGCAGCAACAAUUACGUCGAGAUUUUAAACCUAGCUCAGGCGAAAAGGCAGAUCACAGGCAACUUAACUGACCCUACUUUUUACAAUGUGGCAAACAACAUAUUCCUCGUUGGAUUGUGCCUGCCUGAUGCGUGCGAUGAAAAAGAUGCUGUUGCUGCUCUGGCAGAUCAAGUGUCUGCUCUCAUAGCAGAUUCUCCGUUGGAGGCUGAAAUCAUCCUGAGAAAGGGUUUGUGCAGGACUGAUGAACCGACGCAUCUUUCGACCGAAGCCAUUUCAGCCAUAGUUUUGCUUGUGGUGCCAACCUUGUUGAGUUUGGUCUGCUGGGCUUCAGAAACGUCUUUAGCCACUUGCGCAGAAAAAAGAUUAAGCGCGCGGGUCCUGAUGUCCCUGUCUCUUGGUCGCUGCUGGAAAUUGCUUUGGAGCCGCCCUGAGCAACACGACGACCUCGGCUGCACAAACGGCAUGCGCGCCUUCUUCCUCAUCCUGCUUUAUUUUCUGCACAAGAGCGCUGCCAUGAUGAUGAUGCCAUUUACAAACAAAUUGGAGGGAUUCGGAGUUAUGAACGAGAAAUGGACCCUACUAGUGAAAAUGUUCUGGAACUACGUUGACGGUUUCAUAUUUCUAAGCGCCGUUUCAACUGCCUACUAUGCCGCCCGCACAAUCAAAAGUGGUAAAAAUCUGAACCUUCCUCAGAUGUACCUGAAACGCUAUAUCAGGUUCGUCGUACUGUUGCUCGUCAUUGCGUUCUCAUACACGCACUUAGCGCCGCUUAUCUUAAAUGGCCCUUUGUGGAUGCGCUAUUUGGAGUUCACAUCUACCAACUGCCAGGGCAAAAUCUGGACCCUGGCAACCUUUACUUCGAGUUUUAAUGGUUUCCCAAAUAACUGUUAUGACACGUCAAAUCAUCUUACGACGGAUUUAUUGCUGUACCUACUUGCUCCCUUCCUCGUUAUCGCGCUGUGGUACCAGCCAUCCAGGUCGGUCAACUUUAUAUUCCUCAUGUGCAACCUGGUGGUCUACUACAAAUAUCACUUAAUUCAGAGUCACAACCUCCCAGUGGUCGCGCACAACAAUUACGAUCGGAAAUCAACAAUUAAGAUAGCGAAUUAUCUUCUCUUUCCCGCUAUAAUACGAUUGCCAACUUACAUGAUUGGACUUUGUACUGGCUGCUACUUGCAGAAGAUCAACUGCAAAUAUAAUUUGGACAGGAAAAUGUAUUGGCUGGGAAACUGCAUUGCUGGCUUGAUGACAUUUUACUGCGUCGCCUGGCAUUAUGAAACCGGCAGCGAGAACUACGUUCAUCACUAUGAGAAAACCCUUGUAUAUGGCUUGAUUCAGCCUUUUUUGUGGUCAUUUGUGCUCAGUUGGUUUGUCUUCAUCUGCGCUACUGGUCAAGCUGAACGGCUGAACCGUUUCUGCAGCAGCUAUUGGUUUGUGAUGUGCACCCGGCUAAGCCUGGGCUUCAAUCUAGUGCAGUUGCCUGUUAUACUCUACUGGAUCGCCUCCGUCCGUUCCACCACCACAUUUUCCAUAUUCCACGUGAUUAACCUACACGAAUUCCUCGUGUGCUUGGCGCUUGGAAUUUAUUUCACGGUCGUCUACCUUGUACCCAUUGUGGAGAUUUGGGAGGUGUUAAUGAAAAAGACGAAAAAGACUGAUCAAGAUAAAUCGCAGUAAAGCAGACCCUUCUAAAUCUUGAUUUAAAAUACCGAGUUUAUAAUUGUAAGAAA